AUGUUCACCUCUGCCCUUAGUCUAGUCGCCUCGGAGCGUUUGACAAAGAGUACGGUUGAGAGUAGCACACUCCCAUGUAUUGCCGCUCAAAGUUUGACAACUAUAGAUAUUGCUGUGCUUAGAUUGAGCCCUCUAGAUGCAGAAGAUGAAGAUGUUAUGCUCCAAUUCGCCCGUUUGGGAUAUCGCCUAUACCUUUCUGGUCUUUUUGUUCACGUGGCAUCUUCGUGGUCUCUAAUUGUUUGGGUCCCUGCUUCUAUAGAACAAGACUUUGUAAAGCAACUGAGUGGAUACUUUGAAGUCACACCUAUUUCGGUACGUCAGUCUAUGCACUGGCUGAAGGGUGCACUAGCUCGCUCUCUCACGUUGCAUAAUGAUCGUAUAACUGCUCUAGACUCUGGAGUGCUGUUUGACGAUCAUGUUAUGAAGCUCGAGCUGAAAGUAUCAGAAGAGCUCACUAAUGACAAGGAGGUCCGGGUUAUAAUAGGUUUGCAGCCAAGCCGAGAGAACUGGAGAGCGUGCUCCCUGACUGAUCUAGAUUUGGAACUUAGCGAUACAGUGUAUAUUGCACCGUCGCUAUCGGGCGUGUCACUCAGCUAUAUAGAAGAAGAAAGUACGCAGGAUGAAGACAGUGAGCAGUGGUAUUUGGAAGCGUGUCUCCGAUGGGGAUAUAAAUUGACUAAUAGGCUUCUCAAACUUGCGUUCAGGUCCAGCAAUGGAGAGAUGAUUGUAUCUAGGGUAUUCCCGCAAAUGAUUCUUAAGAAGGAGCAGAACCUAUCACCUGAACAGAUGCUUCAAAGACAUACAGCUGAUAGCAAGGCUGUGGUUCAGCUUCUUGAAGUAUGCAUAGGGCAAUGGAGUCGCUUUUUAUUGACCAGCUUGAACACAAUAGAUGUCAGCAAGUGUCUCCUGUCGAGUAGACCUACCAAAAUACGCUUCAAAUUUGCAAGAGCGGGACCAAGGGAACCAAGCAAGUUACAAGAACAGAGUUCAGAAGCAUUGCCAAUACCUCAUUGUACGGUACCCAGAAACAGGUUGCCUAAGAUAUCAUUUUCAGCCUCAAAGGAGAGUUUGCCCGAGCGGUAUGAAAGAGUAAUAAAGGUAAUAACCGGGAAGCCCAGUCUUAACACCAAAAUGAGAGGCUUAUUGGAUGAGAUAAGGCGAGAGUUAGAGUGUGCAAACACUUCCAUACCAGAGCCGGUGAAAAUGAAGCCGGUGAAGCCCAAUAAGCGACAGGCCUUUUCAAAGUUGGUAGCAAAACUUUCCCCCUCAGAUCUGCCCAGAAAAACUCCACAGAGAACUCCUAAGAAACUCAAAACGGUGACGGGGUCAACUACAUCGCCUAUUGUAGCCAGUCUCCCAAAGAAAUCAGAUCGUCGGGUUCGUUUUAAUACAACCGUUCUUUUCGUCGACGAGUGGAACAAAGUUCACCGCAUUAAACUACAACAGCAAGAGGCCGCAUCAUAUCACCAAGAAGAUGACUUGCAACAAGAUAUAGAGUCCGAAUUCACUACAUCUCUUCUGUCUUGA